UAGUCUUGUCACGCAUACGGGUUACACUGACGCGAUAGGCAGGUUAAAAUAGGUUGUACUUAAAAUAGCAGAGUGUCUGACCUGGAUCCGGCAUGUAGCCGUGGAAGAAGCACUACGUUCGUUGUUGUAUCGAGGCUCCAACUCCUGGUCCAGCAGAGCCAUGCAGCUACUCUACCCCAUUCUGAUGACAGUCAUAUUGGAAACACAGGGCCAGAACAACUGUGAAUGGGGGAAGUAUGGCGAAAACUGCAGCAAAGAUUGCCCUUCGACUUGUAUCCCUGACCCAGCACGAAACCUCACACACUGCCACAAGGAGACAGGGAAGUGCUCGGAGGGAUGUGUGCCUGGGUGGUUUGAGGAUCUCUGUGAUCACGCUUGUACCAAAAACUGCUUUAGAAACACCUGCAAUCGCCAAAAUGGCAUCUGCACGUUUGGAUGUAGUGGAAACUACACAGGAGACUAUUGCAACAUUAUUCCAGGGACGACGGCGACACCUCCAAGGGAAUCCAGCACAUACACAUCGCCGACAACACCGAGUGAAUCCAACAGAGAGCAAAAACCGGGCCUGGCUGCGAUACUUGUCCCUGUGUUCCUCAUCCUGGUUGUUGUCCUCGCUGUGGUGGUGUUCAUACUAUUUAUUUACAAACGAAAACGGAAAAGGGGAGAAAGCACAGGGAUUAUCGAUGCAAUGACCGGGAUACUUCCAUGCUGGAGAACAACUGAUACAGCUGGUACAGAUGCAAGGUACAGUGUCGGUGAAGAUGAACUUCUCAUGGCAGAGGAAGGUGGAGCCACAACACGGGGAGAUGCAAGUUCCAUCAGCAGUUUUGUUCUCUUGGAAGAUGAUGACUUUCCACCUGGUUCAAUAGAACAGAAGAUAAAGGAUAUCCAAGGGGUGUUUGUUAAAACUGAGAGCUUUAAGAAGGCUAAAGAAAAGUUGGAGACGUUUGGCCAUGUGACACUGAGCGGUGCUCCAGGAGCAGGUAAAACAGCCAUGGCCCUGAUGCUGGGAGCUGAAUACAGGAAGCAGGGGUAUGAGCUGGUACUGGUUGAGCAUGCUUAUAAAGUAAAGCUGUCUGAGUAUCUAGAUAAAGGCAAAGACGUGUGUGUCAUAUUUGAUGACGUAUUGAAGACAGUCAGAUCAUAUUUGGACAUGUCCCGUCUCAAACACGUUUUGUACGACCUCCAUAUGCACCUGGAACAGUGUGAGUCCGGAUCAGAAAGAAGAUACCUGCGUCUGCAGCAAGAACCAGGAGAGGAACAGAGAAAGCCGGAACAACCAAACAUGUGUGUUAUAUUCACUGUAGACACCAACAAUCUUCAGCAUGCAAUGUCGAAGCUAGGAGGUCAACAUAUUUUCAAAAGUUCAUCAGAUGUCAAACUGAGUUGUACACAGGAGGAGAAGAAAGAAUUGUGGCAGAAGUACAAACAUCGCUUUGGGUAUAAAGUGGAUGUGAAGAAUGUUUUUGCAUAUAUGGAAACGACUGUCGGUUUUCCUCUAGAAUGCAAACUUUUCUCCAGUUGUUGUGGCUUUCAAAUGCACCAUGAUAGUUUUUUCGAGAAACCUAUGUUUUACAUCACAAAUCAACUUCGUACGAUUAUUAGCUCAUUGGAUGACAAGUCAGCUGCUCUCAUCCUGAUCUUACUGUGUGAAGGUCAGAUAGACACCAGUCAACUGGAGACUAAAGCUGACCAUCCUGACAGUAAACUGAAGACUAAGGGUGGCAGUCCAAACAGUCAACUGAAGACUAAGGGUGGUAGUCCAAACAGUCAACUCGAUACGGAAGGUGUCUGCCCAAUCAGUCAACUUGAGACUGAAGCUGUCCGUCCUGACAUUCAACUUGAGACUGAAGUUGUCCACCCAAUCAGUCAAAAUGAGACUGAAGUUGUCCGCACAAUCAGUCAACUUGAGACUAAAGCUGACAGUCCUGACAAUCAACUUCAGACUGAAGCUGUCCGCCCAAUCAUUCAACGUGAGACUGAAGGUGUCCGUCCUGUCAGUCAACUGAAGACUAAAGGUGGCAGUCCAGACAGUCAACUGGGAACGAAAGGUGCCUGUAUCAGUCAACUUGAAAAUGAAGGUGCCCGCCCAAACCUAGAGGCUCACCUCCAGGCAGUUGCAACUCUUGUGAAGACAUCAACCAGACAGGGUGUAGUUGAGGCCGUGAGGGGCUUCUGUGGUACAUUGUUAACAAAAGGAAACAUAACAUCAUUUUCCCAUUCGAUAAUUUAUGAUGUCUGUGCUUUGGUCUUAUUUAAUAUUGAACCACACUUUAUUCUAACACAUUGCAGUAUAAAUUUCCUCCUUGAGCAUGUACAGGAUCAGCAAGACCACCGUAUUCCUGUCAAUGAACACCAGCUCAGGAUACCUUUCUCAGAGGCCUACAGUGGAAUAAUUGCUGACAGAAUGGCAGAUGCUAUUGUCAGUGGUGCUUUCAGUAUGUACAUCUGGCACCCCAUAUGGAAACGAAAAGACAUAUCAGACAAAGUAAAUCAUAUGAUCACAGAUCCACCUUCUUUGUCUGAUGUUACCAGACACAACAUUCUCGAGUAUGCUUGUUUCACUGGGAACAAGAAUAUCCUAGAGCGACUUCUUCCUCACUGUGACAUCAAUAGGCGUUGUUUGAACGGCUGGACACCAUUGAUGUAUGCAGUUGUCUCUGGACAGAUGGAAUGUUUUGACAUCCUUGUGAAAAACAAAGCGGAUAUGACUUUUUGUGAUACCAACAACAACAAUUUACUGCAUUUGGCUUGUCAACAUGGACACAUGUCCACCGUAAAACAUGUAAAAAAUGUACUCAAGGAACACCUUUCUCCUGAUUUGUAUCUCAAGCGAUACAUCAAUGGUCGGGGAGUAAAUGACUGGACACCAGUUAUGUGUGCAGUGGCAUUUGGGAAGGAGGAUAUCCUAGACUAUCUUACCUAUGAAAAGAAUUCAAUUGGAUUAAAAAAAGAAUUAAAAAGCGAUUUUCAAUUAUCAGAUAUUAACACAAACACUGUGCUUCACCUUGCAUGUCGGUUUGGGAACAAGUCCACUGUAGAAAGUCUGCUACCCUACACAGAUAUAAAUACACGUGGCAACAAUGGGCAGACACCACUUAUGUGUGCACUGAUUUCAGAGAGGAAAGAAACGUUCGACCUUCUUGUCUCAAAGAAAGCUGACAUCACAUUGACUGACGAUGACAACAACAGCCUCCUUCACUUAGCUUGCCAAGUUGAUGACACGUCCCUUGUCGUGCCAAUUGUGCCAAAGUUGGACAUCAAUUGUCGGGGAAAACACGGAUGGACACCGUUAAUGAAGGCAGCUGUACACGGAAAUAUGGAUGUAUUUCAGCUUUUCCUUUACACAGUAAAUGUGAACCUCAAGCUGAGGGAUGAUAACAACAACAAUCUCCUCCAUCUUGCAUGUCAUGGCGGAAAUGUCUCCAUUGUGCAACAAUUACUGCCAAAGUUUGACAUCAACAGUCGGGGAAACAACGGGAGGACGGCAGUGAUGUUUGCAGUUGCCAGUGGAGUGGAGAGUGUCUUCAAGUUGCUUGUGUCACAGGGGGCUGAUAUAAGACUAAGGGAUGACAACAACAAUUCUGUAUUCCAUUUAGCAUGUAUUGGUGGAAACAUUUCCAUUGUGAAUCAUUUAUUGACAAGCACUGAUAUCAACUGUCUUGGAAACCAUGGGAGAACACCAAUAAUGAUCACAGCCAUGGUUGCAGAACCAGCUCUGUUUCAAGUACUGUUAACAGAGAAGGCUAAUAUCACGCUGACUGAUGAUCAUAAGAAUACUGUCUUACACCAUGCCUGUCAGGGUGGGAACUAUUCCAUUGUGAACUAUCUGAUACAAAAAUUCAACAUUGACGCUUCUGGAAAACACGGCUGGACACCUGUCAUGUUUGCGGCAUAUGCGGGAAGGAAGUAUGUGUUCGAUUUGCUUGUGAAGAAGAAUGCUGUCCUCACUUUGACUGAUGACUACAAUGACAAUGUUCUACAUUUAGCAUGUCAGGGUGGGAGCACAGCUAUUGUCGAAUGUCUUGUGAAACUCUGUGACGUCAAUCGUCGGGGAAAGAAAAACUCGCCACCAGUAUUGCAUACAGAGAGAUCAGUGUCCAGUGGAAAUAAAGAUCCUUGUGAUAGUAAUGAACCGACGGAAGAUAUACAAUCAUCGACUUCCCCUGAGACUGAUAAUGCUAUCUGUGUUGUCGGUCAAAGUGGAAAAGAAGCCACCGUGAUACAAGAGAGUGGCUACUUUUACAUUAACGUCAGAGGCAGGGAUGAUCAGACUCCACUUAUGAGGGCAGUGUGUGGAGGACAUAUUGCUGUGUUCCGGUUCUUGGUGUCCCAUGGUGCCGACCAAAAUCUGGUGGACAAGGGUGGACACACUCUUCUACAUCUUGCUACUCAGCAUGGUCAGCUUCAUAUGGUGAAAUACAUCAUAGACUCGUUUGAUAUCAACACAAAAGACAAUGUUGGUCUGACGCCUGUCAUGACAUCAGUGUUACAUGAGAGAGUUGAUGUAUUUGAAUAUCUCAGAAAACAAGGUGCAGACCUGACAGCAGCGAACAAUGCAGGGGAUGAUGUGGCGACUCUUGCGCAUAAAAUAGGAUGCAGCCAAAUCAUAGAGCAAUUAUCACCAUCCAAACCUAUGAAACGAUCAUCUGGACCGAGGCUUUCGGGUCUUUUUAAAUCCAAGAAGAAUCGUAGAGCUGAAUGAGCUCAAACGUCACUGUUAAAAGAACCCGUGCAAUCUGAAAACAUGUAUGUAUGUAUGUGUGUGUGUGUGUGUGUGUGUGUGUGUUUGUGUGUUUGUGUGUUUGUGUGUUUAUCCUAUGCAUGCUGUCAUACCAUUGUAUACAUUGUACUUUUUUAUGAUAUGGAGGAAAUACAGGACAUCCAUUUAUCUUUAGUGUAUGCAUCUUAUAUUUUUCAGAUAGGUGUUAAUGUUUCACUUGUAUAGCCUUACUACUGUCACUGUUACUUACACAUAACACUGAAUCUGUUAAACAUAUGUUGUAUUUUUUUUAGAUGAGUUCAAAUAUAACAUGAUACAAUUGACAUAGUUUUUCAUGGACAUUGUGACACAUGUGUUUCUAAUCUAUCACUCCAAAAGGACACGACUUAGCAAUUUCUUAUCACCCAGAAGCUCCGGUAAGUAUGCAGUACUGCGCACUCCGAAUAGGGACAACAAAUAAUGAAUAUGAUGCGCCUGUUUAACAUUAAUAAGCAGGUAUUACGCUGUGUAAAAUACCAAGGUGCGUGCUUAUGUCCUACAGGGCCUUGGUAUAUAUAGUUUCACAAAUAAAAUAUGUAAAACACCCUAAA